AUGGGGUCUUCAUCCGCUUCCACCGGCGUCCUCUCCCUUUUCCUCUUCCUUGGUCUCUCUUCUCUCUUCGUCGGAGCGGCUGCAAGACCCUGCAAGACCCUCUUUAUUGCCUAUACCUUCUCGUCCGACAACUCCGUCGACGGGUACACCGGUACCUCGAUCGAGGUUUCGCAGAUCUCCGCCACCGGAGAUCAGGGCCCGUCAAGGUUCCUCGCCAUUUACAGGUUGAUUCCCCUGCGCUACUACCUCCGCAAUCCGUCUUAUUCUUCUUCCGCGGCGGCCGCCACGGAACCCCUGGCCACCGACAUCCGCCUCCCCGUCGGGAUCGACCGUCCCUCUCUUCCUCGUCACGUUCUCGAUUCGGAGCCAUCUUUCGGCAUCAGCUCGCUCCGGGAGCGCGCCAGGGACAUCCUGGUGGUUGUGGCCGGCCUCCUCUUUGGCGUCGGUUGUGCUGCUCUCACAUCUGCCUCGGUUUACCUCGCAUGGUACCUGAUCAACAGCCGCUAUGAGUUGGCCAGCGCGGACGGGUACGAUUAUGUUGACGAUGAUGACUCAGUGGAUGACAUGGAGAGCCCCAAGAAGAUGGGCUAUGUCGGUCUCCCCGCUUUAUCUGCAACCCCGGUUGCCCCUCUCAAGGAAGGGUUUGAGGGAAAUUAG